ACAUUCUAGCGACUUGCUUUCUCAGAAAAGUCAUACCGCUUUUUUUCCCAGUCAUCUCUCUCUCUAUUUGUUCCUCUCCCCAUCUCUCCUUCAAUUCGGCAAAACCCUAACUUUCUCAUUCGGCGCUUGAAGUUUCAUCUCUGCCUCUUCCGUGAUUCGGUACGAUGAUGUUGCGUGCUGUCCUAAGGAGAGCCUCAAGUAGAGCCUCUUCUUCUGCUUCUACGGGAUUGGGAAAAUCGCUGCAAUCAUCUCGUGUUGCAGCCUCUGCUCAAAGCUUUCACUCUGUUUCAUCAACACAAACUCUGGUGCCUCGUGGAAGCCAUGCUCAUAGCUUCCAUCAUCGUUCUUGUCCAGGGUGUCCUGACUGCUCGAGGACUAUUCUCAGCAGCUUCCAAGGCACAACCACCCUGAAAAGUUGGGUCAGGCCUUUUUCUUCUGAUGCUGGGGAUGUUGUUGAAGCUGUUGUGCCUCACAUGGGUGAAUCUAUCACUGAUGGAACUCUGGCCAACUUUCUCAAGAAACCUGGUGACAGAGUAGAGGCUGAUGAGGCUAUUGCCCAAAUCGAAACUGACAAGGUGACAAUAGAUAUUGCUAGCCCAGCAAGUGGUGUGAUCCAAGAGUUUCUUGUCAAGGAAGGAGAUACUGUAGAACCAGGAAACAAGGUUGCUAUCAUUUCAACGUCUGCGGAUGCUGUCUCUCAUGUUGCACCUUCAGAAAAGACAGAAGAGAAACCUGCAGCCAAGCCUUCUCCUCCUGCCGAUGAGCCCAAAGUUGAUAGUAGUAAAGUUGCGGAGAAGCCGAAAACACCAUCACCUCCACCGCCGACUAAACAGUCAGCGAAAGAGCCGCAGCUUCCUCCCAAGGAUAGGGAAAGACGGGUUCCGAUGACAAGACUUCGCAAGCGUGUGGCGACUAGGUUGAAAGACUCCCAAAACACUUUUGCGCUGCUUACAACUUUCAAUGAAGUUGAUAUGACCAAUCUGAUGAAGCUACGGUCUCAAUACAAGGAUGCAUUCUUCGAGAAGCACGGAGUGAAGUUGGGGCUUAUGUCUGGUUUCAUCAAAGCUGCUGUUAGUGCCCUCCAGCACCAACCUGUAGUAAAUGCAGUCAUCGAUGGGGAUGAUAUCAUUUACAGAGACUAUGUAGACAUCAGUAUUGCCGUUGGUACAUCUAAGGGUCUUGUGGUUCCAGUCAUCAGGGGUGCUGACAAGAUGAACUUUGCUGACAUUGAGAAAACGAUAAACUCUCUAGCCAAGAAGGCUAACGAAGGAACCAUAUCGAUCGACGAGAUGGCUGGAGGGUCAUUCACAGUUUCUAAUGGUGGUGUCUAUGGAAGUCUCAUUAGCACUCCUAUCAUCAACCCUCCUCAGUCUGCUAUACUUGGAAUGCAUUCAAUCGUGCAACGACCAAUGGUUGUGGGAGGAAGCGUGGUACCGAGGCCGAUGAUGUAUGUUGCGCUGACAUAUGAUCAUAGGCUGAUUGAUGGAAGAGAGGCUGUGUAUUUCUUGCGCCGUAUUAAGGAUGUUGUGGAAGAUCCUCAGAGGCUUCUUCUCGACAUAUGAAGAAAGAAAAGAUUCGGGGAAGACAGAAGUGUGAUCACAAGUCUCUUUCGUCUUUGUUUCCUUUACCGAUAUGAGAGAUAAAAAACUAAACUUCUUUUUUGGAUUUCUUGAUAGUUCCAAGAGUUUCUGCCGUGCUGAGAAAGCAUCGGAUUAUUGAGUUUUGUUUCAUUUAAAUAUACAGUUUGAACAAAAUGUUACAAUUUUGAUUUAAAAUAAGGCCACUGAUUUUUAUUGGGUUAAA